GCGCAGAUUCUCAUUCGCGUGCGUGGAAGUGAAUACGGAUACGGAUUAGAAAUGGCCAGAAUAAUUUUAUCAUUCAUUUUAUUAAUUCUAGCCGUCGUGCCGGCAUGGAGCUUGUAUUUCCACAUAGGUGAAACAGAAAAGAAAUGCUUUAUAGAGGAAAUACCCGAUGAAACAAUGGUCAUCGGAAACUACAAAAUUCAGAUAUUUGACAAGAACAAGAAUGAUUUCCUACCAUCAAGCCCUGGCAUUGGGAUGCAUGUGGAGGUUCGAGAUCCUGAAGAUAAAAUGAUUCUAUCGAAGAUGUACAGCUCUUCAGGGAGAUUCACGUUCACUUCACACACACCGGGAGAACAUACGCUGUGCCUCUACUCAAACUCUACCAAGUGGUCAAUGUUUGGUGCCUCUAAACUGCGAAUUCAUCUUGACAUCGAGGUUGGAGAGCAUGCUAAUGAUUAUAAGGAGAUUGCGGAGAAAGAUAAAUUAACAGAACUUCAGCUCAGAGUUAGGCAGCUUUUGGAUCAGGUCGAACAGGUCAAGAAGGAACAGAACUACCAAAGGUAUCGUGAGGAGAGGUUCCGAACGACGAGUGAGAGUACAAACCAGAGGGUUCUAUGGUGGUCCAUCGCCCAGACCGUCAUUCUACUAGUCACAGGGUUCUGGCAAAUGAGGCAUCUGAAGGGAUUCUUUGAAGCAAAGAAAUUAGUAUAGUUCACCAUCAACUUAUAAUGUAUGCCAGAAUCACAGAGGAUAUAUAUUGUUUAGCAUGUCAAAGUCGCAUUUUGUUCUUGGAAUCCCUCUUUAAAUUUUCUGGACAGAUAUGAGAUUUUUUCAGAUGAUGCUUUCUAUCUUUGCUUCUUGUUUACAAAGUUCCGUGCAGACAUGCUAGCUCUACUAGAGUUUGAUCCCCAUCCAUUUCCAUAGAAACGUUGUUUCACAGUUGAGUCAAAAUAAGAUUAUGAAUGUUGUUUGGUUUACAUUUGGACACUUGAAUUAUACUCAUUUGACAUACAAUCUGGAAUAUGACUACAGAAUUGAAUAUUCCCAAAAGAAGAAAUAUACUUCCUCCUUUUUUUCCUCCAAAUUUUCUAGUGUCAUAAACAUGUGGAUAGGUCCUUACCAUUAAGAGGGGCGUUGUUUCUUACACCAUAUUUAUGUCAUUGAAUUCUUAAUUUGGAAUCAGCCUAGUAUAUUGAAUGUAUCCUCUUUGAUUCUGGCUUACAUUAUAAUACAUUGCCUAUUCAUCAUGCCUCAUUAUACCUUCUUCAUAGAUUUUGUCCUUAAUGCAUUAAGAGAUUUUUUGUUUGUUUCGUUUUUUCCUUACAUUUUUCCUCGCAAUAAUUAUACAUGUGCAUCGCAUUACAUCGAGCAUUGUUAUGUGAAAUUUGCACUAUAUGUAGAACAUAGCUUAAUUUUUUCAUCGACAGAAUCAGUCUAUACAGUAGGCUUGCGAAUGCACCAUGUGAGAGAGAGGGAGGAUUGAGGAGUCCUGAAAAGGACUCUCGGUAAUCUUUCUCUUUCUUGAGGGUGUGUA